AUGUUGGAGAGCCUUUUCUUGCAGCAGCUUGCGCUGUUACGGCAGCAAACUGCGACCAAGUUCCUGAAGGCUUCCCGACCUGCGGAGGCAGUGUCACAAGCGGAUCAGCAGUUUGUCUCGCAGGCCGAGGAGCUUAAGAGACCAGGCAGUUCGUGGAGCUACCGCGAGGACCGCUAUGCUCUCAGAGCCGUCCUCGAGGGCAGUUUUAGGCGAGACGCUGCUCUUAGAGAUGAGCAGGAGCAAGCUGUGAGAUCUCAGCAAUCUACGGUUGAGAUCAUCAGCAGGCUCCAGAGUCAGAUGGAGAAUCUGCAGAUGCGCCUGCAGCACAUGCGCGCUGGCCAGCCAUGGUUUUUAUCGAGCUCUUAUAGGAUUCCCGGGACGCCCGUGACAAUGAUCGGUCGAUUUCAGCAGGGUCGUGCAAGCAUCGAGCUGAACCUGUCUCCCGACAGGGACCCAGUGACUGCAGAAGCUGGAUUCGUACGAGGUGUUGGACCUGCCAACUUGGGUGUGAGCGCCAAUUUUGGCUUCUGA